AUGUCUUAUAUUCCGUCAGAAGUGGCACUUUCCAAUUAUGAUCAAUAUUCUUAUCAAACAAAUCGACAAAAACAUUCAUGGAUUUUAAAUAAUGAUGAACAUGAUAAUACGCUUGAUUCAUUAUCAUAUAAUCCAAUAAUCAAUGAUAAUAUUAUUCCACUUGGUAUACUUAAAAAAAAGAAAUCAAAUAUGAAUGAAAAUGAAAAUAAUCAAAAACGAUUUUGUUACGAUAAAAUAUCAAAUUCAAAUCAAGAAAAUAUCAUGAGAAAUAUAAUAUUAAAAAAUGUAAAUUUAUGUGUAAAAAAUUUAUCGGAAAUUUUAAAUGAAUCAUGUUCAAAUAAUGAAAAACAAUUAGCUACAUUACAUAGUUCAUCUUCGUUUAUUUCGUUAAUGAAUAAUAAUAAUAAUAAUAAUAAAUUACAAUUAUCUAUUCAACAAGAUACUUAUAAAAAUAUACAUUCACAUUUAUUUAAACAUGAACAAAGUCUUGAUUCUCUAAACAAUGAAAAUAAUAAUACAAAUUCUAUGGAACAAUCAUCUGAUGGUAUAAUUUUACACCGUGGUAAACAAUUUGGUAUUGCAUUAGGUGAACCAAUGAUACGUAAAUAUAAUGAAAAUGAACAAUUUUCUACAAAAUCUUUUCAUUCAAUUAAUGAAUUAAAUAGAUUAUUAUCGAAAACAAAUUGUUUAUUGAUGCGACAACAAAAUAUUGAAUCAAUUGAAGAUUUAAUUCGAUUAUUUUUAGAACAAGGACAACAAAAUUUUACUGAAAUUCUGAUUAAUUUAUUCAAAGUUGACCCAUCUAUUGUUAAACAAAUUAAUGUAAUACUUAUCAAAUGGGCAAAGAAAUUGACUUAA